CCCCUAUUGGACCUUUGGGAAAUUCAACAACUUAACAUGAGCACUUGCAUUCCUAGGUGGAAAGGGUAAACAUAACCUCACCUCUAGUGAUGUUUGUACCCAGGCUGUGAAAUAGGGAGCACUCUCAUGUUACUGUAGGCUGACACACCUCUCUCUUUGCUUUGGGAGGAGUCAGAGAGGCUUUUAUGAUCCAUUCAACUUCAUCCAGAAGCAUAAGAUAGCAUAAGUAUAAGCAAGAAAGAUUACUACAGCGCUCACUGACUCUGAGGUGCAGACCUGCAAGAUGCGCUGCCAUGGGGACUUGGUCAACUGUCUCAGCUGUGGGAUCAUCCUGAUAGGACUCUGGCACUUUGUCCAUCACAGGAAGACGCAAACCUCCUACGGGCGCCACAUGGUGGUCUCUCCUCCGGCCAGGACAGUCCCAGCCAGACUAGCCUGGUUCCUCCAGGAGAUGCCAGCUCUCCUCAUCCCCUUACUUUUAACACUUACCCCGCACAAACCCUCCAGUGUGGGGAAGUACCUGCUGCUUGGGACCUUUUGCACGCACUACUUUCUAAGGACGUUUGUCUACUCCCUGCUGACCAGAGGAAAGCCUUUCCCACUGGGUGUGAUGGUGGCAGCAGGUUUCUUCUGCUCCCUGAAUGGUUUCCUGCAGGGACACUACCUGCUGCACUGUGCUCAGUUUGAUGAUGAAUGGUCAGCUGACUAUCGCUAUAAAACUGGUUUAGUACUGUUUUACGUGGGAAUGGCCAUCAAUAUACACAGUGACCAUAUUCUACGUAAACUGAGGAAACCAGGAGAAGUCAUUUACAAGAUUCCUACAGGAGGUCUGUUUGAAUAUGUGUCUGGUGCCAACUACUUAGGAGAGAUCGUGGAGUGGUUUGGUUUUGCCGUGGCCACCUGGUCCCUUCCGGCCCUGUCGUUUGCCUUGUUUAGCCUGAGUUUCAUCGGACCAAGAGCCUAUUACCAUCACAGGUUUUACCAAGAGAAAUUCAAAGACUAUCCCAAGUUACGAAAGGCUUUAAUUCCAUUCAUCUUCUGAGAGAAAAAGCACCCGGUGGACAUCUUGUCAGGACAGGCAGUAGUUGAACUGACAGCAGAAGAUAAGCAAAGAAAUCUGUUCUCCUGUUGGUGUAUUUUUAAGCAGAAAAUUACAGUCAUUUUACUGGAAGAAUGUGUUUUGCUUGCAGUCAAACAUAGCUAUUACUACAUAGUAUUAUACAACACCAUUAGAAACCUGCAAACAGACACUGACAGAAUAACUUGGUGCACAUAGGAAGAGAUUUGUGACAAGAAAUAACGGUUUAUUUUUAUCCACAAUAUGCAAAACUAAUGUAUAUAACAGCAUAUCUCAUUACUCUGAUUGUAACUUCAGAUAUUUAUAGUCUAUGUUGGCAAAAAAAUACAGUGUGGCUGCAUCUGUUGCAGCACCUCCUUGUGCUGACCAAAGGCAGCUGCAGCACAAACAGGAUAUUGUGAUGGUUUGAUAAAUUGCUCCAUAGAAGCUUCAUUUUUGUAAAUCAAACUUGUAUACUCUCUCAGAUAUCAUUAAAAAGUCCUUUUAAAUUGAA